AUGUGUGAAAUUGCGUAUCGUCUCAUUAUCCACAAUGUCAUUCCAGGACUUUUCAAGAGCGUUAUCUUAGACUUCAUAUCUGCUGGAGAAGCUUGCAUUAUUUCUUGGGAACUCAUCACAAUAUUUCAUCAGUAUGGAGAACCAAUAUGGGCAGUGCUGGCCUUCAUGUGCAUGAUCAUUAAAACCUACAGAUUUAAAAUAGAUUGUGCUUCUUGUCCAUAUAAUCAUCUUCUAGCCUUAUUAAAAGGAUAUAUUUCAACCAAGGAUGCAUGUAUCAGAAUUAUAUUCCAGUUUCUGGGUGGAUCAGUAUUUUUCCGCUGGCAGUCUUAUGUCUGGGACUUUGGUUUGACUCCAAUCCAUAUUGGGAGAGCAUACUGGACAGCCUAUGGAAGAUGUACUGCAUGGCUAGCUGACCUAACCUGGGUUGGAUUUCUGUAUGAGUUUACAGGCUCACUUUUAUGUAACAUAGCAGCUACAAUAAUAUUUGAUUUUGAGCUUUUUUCAAAAGUAUCAGUUCACUGGAGAAUCUUUGCAAGCUCUGGCAUCACUAUGUCUCUAGUUAUUGUUUGCUUUCAUCAUACUGGAGGGUUUUUCCAACCUUUACUAGCCUUUGCAAGAACCUUUGGAUGCAUCGGAGUGUUACGUGAUGUAACUGUUCUAGACCACAUAGUAGUUUACUGGGUUGGGGCUACAUUGGGUGCAGUGUUGGCAAUGUAUACUUCUCCAUAUGUUAAGAAGCUUAUUAUGGCACUAACUUGGAGACACAGAGGCCAUAAAUCAGUCAAAGUGAAAGGAAUUGAAGAAGCAUUACCUCUUGUUGAAGAUCAUGCACAUAAUAUUUAA